GUCAACCCCCGCAGCAUGAUGCAGGUGCAGCGCAACGACCUGGACGACCUCCUCAAGCAAGGCCUGGGGUCGCCCGAGAUAUGGCACAACCUCAGCGAGGAGCUCCAAGGCGUCAAGAUCCUCGAACACCCGCGCGUGCAGAAGAAGGUGCUCGUGAAGGCCAUCCGCAUGCAAACCAUCGCCAUGCGCUGCAUGUCGGGCGAGUUUGACCGGCUCCGCGACCGCAUCGACGUCGUUGAGAAGGAGGCGCGUCAGAGCCAAAAGCAGCUCGAGAAGGUCAACACCAAGGUACACGCCCUCGAGGCUCUCGUCGAGACCCAAAAGCACCGUGUCGGCGAACUCGAAGGCGAGAUCAUCAUGCAAGCCAAGCGCAUUGAUCUGCUGCAAGGCCUCGAUCAUCAAAUCAAGGUGGUCCGCGACGAGGUGCGCGUCGUCGACAAGGCCGUCGAGAGCCAAAAGGCUGCGCUGUCCCUCUUCGUCGCCAAGGUCGAGACCGACGUCGCGAGUGUCAAGCUCGAGAUCGUAGCGACCAAAGAGAGCAUUGUGCUGCUGGAAGAAAAGGUCAACGAAGAGGAGGAAGAGGUCAUCUUGACGACGGACGCCGUCAUGUACAACGACCGACCGCUCACGCACUGGUUCGAGCUCUACCACGAAGACAACAAGCGGCGAGAAGAUAUUUUGCGGGACACGAGCGACAAGUUUGCUCGACAGAGCAAGGGUAUUCAGGACAUGAUGUUUGAGGCGCGCAAGUCCCUCGACGACAACACAAGUGCGGUGGAAGAAGUGCAGCGGGCACUCUUGGAGAAAGCCGACCGUGUCAAAGUCGACCUCAUCAUCGAGAGCAAGUACGAAGAGAUCAUUGAGCAGCUGCAAAAGGCCAUGUCGGCCAUCAACGAGGACGAGGACGAGUUCAAGCGCAACUGCCGCGAUUUGCAAGACCUCGUGCAAAACCUCUCGGCGAGCAAAGCCGACAAAAAAGAUUUGCUCGAAGUCAAAGAGCAAGUGCUGUACGACUCGCGUGUGCGCCAGCAAGUCGAGAACCUCCGUGCGUUCAUCGAUCUCAAGAUGAACAAGGAAGACGUCUUCUCUGCAUUGAAAUCCAAAGCCGACCGCGACGAAAUGCAGCUCUUGCUCAAGACGCUUUCCGACAGUAUGUUUGUUGCCGUCACCAAGGCCAGCGCCAUGGGUCAAGAACCUGAAGCCGCAAUGCUCACCAAGCACUCGAUCCACCGGCGGUCGGGGCCGCUGCCAAGCUUGGAGAAGGAGCGUUGCUUGGCGUGCAACUCGAUGCUCGCUGCGCCCACGUACGGCGGUGGUUUUCAGGGCCACGCGCCCGGCUAUGAAAAACCCCAGAAGCUUCUGCCCAAGCAGCCGCUCCCAAGCUUAAACUACGACAGCUAUCUCGUCGGUAUGGACGGGCACGUCUACCAAGGCGACGUUGACAAGGAGCCCAAUCGUGCGCCCACAAGUGCCACCAAACACCAGUCCAACCAGCAGCUACCGACCAAGCGCGCCGAGGCAGAUGCACGACCGCGGUCCAGUCACGGUUGAGCAGUGACAGUGUUGCACCGAUACAAGGGUUCCACGUCAGCGAUAGCAUCGACUCUUGAUGCAUGUGGGCGUCUUUAUGUACAAAUGCCGUCUAAAUUCAACG